AUGGCUUUAACUUCGAUCUUUGGUGGUAGCUCUUCAUCAUCUGGUACCCCAGCCACAUCCAGUCCUAGCGAUGUCAAGACCCAACUUAAAUCUCAAAUCUCUCAAGAAUUAGCCAUCGCCAAUGCUACCGAGUUAGUUAACAAAGUCACUGAGAACUGUUUUGAGAAAUGUCUGAAUGCUCCAUAUGCUGCUUCUCAAGAUAACUGCGUCGACCAAUGUUUGGCUAAAUAUAUGAGAAGUUGGAAUGCCAUUUCAAAGGCUUACAUUAACAGAAUUCAGCAAGCUUCGGUUAACGGUGAAAUCUAA